AUGAAGGGUCUCUCGUCAAGUAUCGUCAUCGCUCUGUCCACGCUCCCAGCCCUUGCUGGCGGGUUUGAAACGCCGAUGGGGCUGUAUUGCAGCUGCCCCCCAACCACCGGGAUGGGAUCAGGUUCCGUUGUCCCCGCGGUUGCCGAGCUCGAGCAUGUGGACGGCGUGCUCGUCCGCGUCUCGUGGGAAGACAUCGAACCCAGCCCCGGCGUAUACGACUGGUCUCUCAUCGACGGACAGAUCCAAGCGGCGCAGGGUUACAACAUAAAAAUCUCACUCGCUGUGGUCAACGGACUCGUCGCUCCCAGCUGGCUCCAAUCGCUCGGCGUUCAGAUGUUCAGCUAUCAGUUCCAUGACUCAACAGAACAGAUGCCCGUCCCCUGGGACACGACCUUCCAGAGCCGAUGGUCGCAGUUCGUCCAGCAGCUCGGCGCUCGCUACGCAAACGAGGACACCAUCUCCCUCGUCUACAUCACCAACUCCAGCGCCAACGGCUUCGAGAUGCAGCUCCCGCGUUCCCCGACUGACACGAUCAACUGGAUGAACAUCGGAUACACCGACACCCUCUACGCCGACUCAUGGAAGAACGCGAUCGACGCGUUCGCUCAAGCGUUCCCAAACCACGCGCUUGCCCACGAGGUCCAUCCAGUGCUCGGGAGUGAUGCGGUCGCGAUCGAAGUCUACAACCACGCGCGUGCGACGAACGGCAGCCGAGUCGGUGUGCUCGCGGCGUGGUGGAUGGUGCACAACGCGGAGAACGUGUACCCCGGUAUGUUCGAGAUCCUCCAGGACGCAUCGAAACAGAGCCAUUCCGAGGUCCAAGUCGCCAACAGCUACACCAACACCCCCGAACGCUUCAGCGACGAUGGAUACCAAGGCGAGAUCGACCUCGCCCUCGCGUCCGGCGUCCGCUACAUGGAAGUCUGGAACAGCGACCUGCUCAACCCCGAGCUCACCGAGAUCAUGCAAGACACCGCGACGCGCCUCAACACCGCGUUCUGCAGCCACGCUGAUCUCGAUCAGAGCGGAUCACUGAACUUCCUUGAUGUGAGCAUGUUCAUCGCCGCGUACAGCGGCAUGAGCGCCGUCGCCGACUUCACUAACGACGGCACGCUCAACUUCCUCGAUGUUUCCGCAUACCUGAGUUCUCGCAUGCACACGUCCCUGUUCAAAGUUUCGCCAAAGUUCAUCGCGUUGAUUGUGCUUCUGUUCUUGUCGCCGCGUUCGCACGCUCAGCUCACGUUCGAGUACGCACAAGUGGGCGGGCAACCCAUUCUCCUUGAUUUCUACCCACCAACCAACGGAGCGAACCACGCGCCCCUGAUCGUCUGGAUCCACGGCGGGGGCUGGCAGAACAACUCCCGCGCGUUCACGGGACACAGCUUGCGUCUUCGGAGUCGAGGAUUCGCUGUCGCGAGCAUCGACUACCGACUCACCAGUCAAGCGGGACAAUGGGGAUCCGAAUCGGUCUCUUGGCCCGCGCAGGCGCACGAUAUCAAAGCCGCGGUGCGCUGGCUGCGUGCGAACGCCGAUACGCUCGGUGUCAACCCCUGCGCCUUCAUCAGCUGGGGCACCUCCGCGGGAGGUCACCUCUCCGCGAUCCUCGGCACAAGCAACGGCGACCCCUAUCUCGAAGGAACACUCGGAGACCACCUCGAUGUCUCGAGCGAUGUCCAGAUCGCUGUGGAUUACUUUGGUCCGACAGACCUGCUAAACAUGAAUCCCGACGUCACCGACCCGCCGGGUUCGAUCGUGGAUCACGACGCGAUUGACUCGGGAGAAUCGUUGCUGCUCGGAUCAGAAACCACCGGGAUCUCGGUCGGAGAGAUCAGGGACCACAUCGAUGAUCCCAAUGACCCUUGGGUUUCGCUCAACGCGCUCGCCGUGUCCGCAUCUCCCGCGCUGCUCGCGGAGCACGCGCCGAGCAAUGUGCCGUUCUUCAUCGCUCAUGGAGACUCAGACCCCGUCGUGCCGUUCAAUCAGAGCAACCGAUUGCUCGGAGCGCUCCAAGCGACGAGCGUCCCAUCGCAGCUGCUCCCGGUCAUCGGCGCGGGACACAACCUCCCGACCUGGGUCACCGACGACCACCUCCUCUCAUGGCUCGAGCAACAACUCGCCUUGCUCCCGUCAUGCCAAUGCCCCGCGGAUCUCAACAACAACGGGCGACUCAACUUCGUCGAUGUCUCCAUCUACCUCACCGCGUACAGCAACCAGAACCCGAUCGCCGACUUCACAGGUGACGGCCAGUUCAACUUUCUCGACGUCUCCGCGUUCCUCUCCGCGUUCUCAAGCGGGAACAUCGGCGCCACGAACCUCGGACGCGUGCUCGGACGACCAUACUUCUUCCUCUGCUUCGCGCUCGAUUUCAGUAAGGGACUCACACCCUCGCUCAUCGCGGGAUCUGUGCUGAGCACACUCGGACGCAUGGACAUCGCACCGAGCGAUGCCUGGAUCUGGCUCGCCGUGAUGUUUGCCGCUCCCUUGGGACACAUCUUCUGUCCCUGGCUCGGAUUCAAAGGAGGCAAAGGCGUCGCAACCGCACUCGGAGCGAUGAUCGGAGUCAUGCCCGCGAUGACGAUCCCCGCUGCCGGCGCAUUUGUGGUGUACAUGGUCGUGCUCUUGCUCUGGCGCAUGGUGGGUCCCGCGUCCUCGCUCGCCGCCGCGACACUCCCGCUCUGGACCUGGUACGCAUUCAAUCAGUACGAGACACUGCAGGAGCGCCGAGUCGGAUCCCAGUCACAGUUUGCCGACACUCCAGCAUCCCACAUUGACCAGAUGGUUCCGAACUACGGCACGCCGUUCUUCAUCGUCGCGAUCGCGCUCGCACUCGUGGUGAUCUACAAGCACAAAGCGAACCUCAUGCGAGCCCUCGCGGGGAGGGCCGUGAUGCCGAAUCUGAGACUCUGCCGAGAGACCGACACGAUUGAGGAUCCCCCUGCACCAUUGCCGUUCACAAGCGUGCCCUCAUGGCGCGCCGCCGGCAAAGACAACAAGGAGGACACGAUGGACUCGAUCGACUUUGCACAACAAGCACUCGCAGACGCUGAAUCCAAGAUGGAACAGCUCAACGAGCUCAUGGAAGAAGAAACCCAGUCUUACAGCUUCGCGCAGUGGACGAUGGACGAUGACGACGACGGCCCGUACGCCGCUUGA